AUGAUCAACACAGAUUUCCUUUCCUGCGCCGAGUCAUUCACCACAACACCCAGAGAUAAGACUUGGCUGGAAUCGACAGCACACAUUGUCGCGGAUAUGGGAUACCAGUACGACAGCUUCCCAGCCUUAAUACACCUCUUAUGGCUUCGCUGCCCUCAAGAAUGUUAUGAGAUUGAAUCUCCGUCGGAAGAUAGACCGAAUCGAUAUGCAGAUGGAGUCUGCCCGCCUUGCGGAUAUUACGAUGUCGAAGCAACUGGUACCGAUUGCCUAGUCGACAUACACACUGAGGACCAGAUUGCCGCCGAGAACACCUCUCUUGACUCUGCUGAACAACUGGCUAGAGAUCCCGAUCGCGCAGCUUAUAUCGAGGAUCUUCCCACUCUCCGCGGCAUAGAUCUAAUCGAUUUUGUUGACAAGAUCGUCGCAAAAGCCGCUUCUGACAACCCCAAGAAGAAGAUGAAAGAGAAGGCUCUGGCCUUGCAGGCCGAUGUCAUGCCCAGACUGGGCAAGAAGAGAUAUUUUGAAAUCGUCAAGUUCCACACAUCAUUCCUAGUGAGGCUCUGGGGAGCAUAUAUGAGGAGGGGAAGCGGACAAUCGGUAUGGCAGGCAAGGACCUCCCACUGGAAGCACAGAAAACAAACUUGGUUCAUAAAGAGCAAAGGUAUCAUCUACCGCGACCUCCCAAUUCGAAGAAAGAGAAUGUGGUCAAAACUAUCUCACUCAAGCCAUAGCCGACUGUAUCUUUACAAGCAGGUUAGAAUCUCUCUCUGA